CUUCAUCGUCUCCUUCACUCGCUCCCAGCAUUCACUGACCUUACACAUCUCUCUCUCUCUCUCUCUCUCUCUCUCUCUCUCUCUCUCUCUCCAUACAUGUAUGCAUCUAUAUCUAUAUAUUAUAUAUAUAAACUCUGGGUCAGAUUAUUAAAUAGCCGAAUUGGCUACGAAGAUACAGCAAUAGGAAUUCAACCCAGAUCAGCUUAGUCAAACCCCAUGUCCAGUUUCCAUAUUUAGUCUUCAACCGAACGCUUAGGGCUCGUAUUUAUUGAUUGGUUCCCUCAAAAUCAAAAAAAUAUAUACAUUUUGUAUACACAUAACAUUGAAUCACAUAGGAAGGUUUAUCUUGAUCUUAAUGGAUCCACCUAUAAUCAAUGAGACUUCCUUCUCAGCAGCGAAUCCUUCUUCUUACAGUUUAACUGAGAUUUGGCCGUUUUCCUCCAUCAAUGGCGGUGGCAAUGAGGGAUUGGGACUGAAGAUGGGCAGCAGCUUUAUCAAUGGAUUUGUGGAACCAGGUAACAACCGCGACGAGGAAUCUUCGGUGACGGAGCAGAGUGGUGGCGGAAGGAAGCGGAGGGAUGCUAAUUCUGAAGACGAAUCUUCAAAGCUUGUCUCUACUAGUAGCGGCAAUGAUUUGAGCAACUUGAAUGGAAAAAGAACGAAGAUGUCUGAAUCUAAAGAUGAAUUCAGUGGUUUGAAAGUUGAUGGAGAAAACAGUAAACCUUCAGAGCCACCUAAAGACUACAUCCAUGUCAGAGCAAGAAGGGGUCAAGCCACAGAUAGCCAUAGUCUUGCAGAAAGAGCUAGGAGAGAAAAGAUUAGUGAAAGGAUGAAAAUUCUUCAAGAUUUGGUCCCUGGGUGUAAUAAGGUUAUAGGAAAAGCACUUGUACUUGAUGAAAUAAUCAACUACAUUCAAUCACUCCAACAUCAAGUCGAGUUCUUGUCUAUGAAGCUUGAAGCUGUAAAUACAAGAAUGCACUCUCCCAUUGAAGGGUUUCCUACAAAAGAUAUUGGGCAUCCACAACCCUUUGAUGCAGCAGCACUUCUGUUUGGGUCACAAGCAGCACGUGAAUAUGGUCAAGAAUCACAACCUGAGUGGCUUCAUAUGCAAUUAGGAAGUAGCUUUGAGAGAGCAACAUAAAGUCAACAUGAAGCACAAUUGUUAGUCAAUCAGAAAGUUUGCAAUUCUGAGGUAUGUAAUAUGUAUGAUUAUUAUUGUUAUAUGAACUCAUAUCAGAUUACUCGUGAUAUUUAGGCUAUAUAAAAUGUAUGAUCUGUAAAAAAUUGCAAUUCUGAAUGACUCCUUUGAUGGAUCAAAACUACUCGUGUUGGGGCGAAAA